UAAUGAUUUGAAUUUUGAACUUUAAAUUAUUACUUGCUGAGACUAUAAAAUUGUAAUAUACAUCACGAGAUUACAUGCAAAAUAUGUUUCUUUACAUAUUGUAGCGGAUAAGCAUAUAAGCAAAUUUUUGCAUCAAGAAACAAUCAAAAAAUUAAUUUCUUUACUCAAAGAACUGACUUCUUCUAAGGAUAAUUUAAAAUCUAAACCCAGAUCUUAGCGAAAUCGGACAAGACGUUUGCACGAUGCACGACAAACUAUUGCACAUAUUGCCUACUAACGCAUUUCAGAAACAUUCGUUUAGUGCAAAUAUUAUAAACAACACGUCGCACGUGCUAUACUUAUGUAAAUCUUUCAUUUCGUGACGUUCAUAAAUAAUAUUAGAAAUGGAAAACUGGAUAAAAAUUACUCUAGUCCUGUGUUUGUUUGGAACUUUGCGUGAGAUCCGGCCUUCAGAGCCGUUUGUUACUGAAUUCCUUCUCGGCGAUUGGCGUAAUAUAACCGAAGAUCAAUUAAAUCGUGAAGUAUAUCCGGUUGGAACUUACUCAUAUUUGGCCCUUCUUGUUUUGAUAUUUUUGAUCACAGACUUCCUUAGAUUCAAGCCAGUUAUAAUUCUAUCAGGCUUAAGCGGUAUCGCAGUCUAUGCCGUGUUACUAUGGACUUCAAGCAUAGAAUGGCUGCAAGUUUCUCAAUUUCUGUAUGGAUUGUACAUGGCUACAGAGGUUGCUUAUUUAACUUACAUAUAUGCAAAGGUGGAUUCCACGAAGUACCCUCUCGUUUCAUCUUGUACUCGGAUAGCGGCAUUGACCGGCCGCUUCCUGUCUGGAGUAAGUUCCCAGCUCCUCACGCAUUACGGACUGAUGAACUAUCGGGAUUUGAAUUACAUCACCUUUGCCGCUCAAAUUUUAGCAACGUUUUGGGCGUUUUGGCUUCCACCCGUUCCUUAUGGAAUAUACUUUCACAGACGGUCGCUAGCCACCACUGUUCAAAUUGACAUUGGAACUAUGAACAUGGAAAAGCAGAAUCUGCCAUAUUCCGAGAAGCGUUCGUUCCGUAAGGAUAUAAUAGACGCGGCGUAUCUCAUAGCGCGGCACGCACGCUCCGCCUAUGCUCGGCCUAAAGUACUGGCGUGGUCUGCGCUGUACGCUGCGUCCAUGGCUCUGUUCGUGCAGGCGCAGACUUACGUUCAACUACUUUGGAAGCAUAUACAAAAAGAGGAGGAUGCACCGGUGGUAUAUAACGGUGCGGUGGAGGCUGCACAAACGCUGCUGGGCGCGCUGGGUGCGCUGGGCGCGUCGUACUGCGCGCGCGCGGUGCUGCCCGCGCCCGUGGCCGCCGUGCAGGGCGUCGCCCUGUUCGCGGGGACCUUCGUGCCCAACGUGUUCGUAUCCUACGCGGGCUACAUCGUCAUGGGGCUGCUGUACCACUACACUAUUACCUUAGCCAGUGCAAAAAUUGCCGGUCAGCUCAGUGAUGACAGCUGUUUUGGUCUCAUAUUUGGUAUCAACACAUUGCUGGGCACGGGUCUACAGUCUCUACUCACACUUAUUCUCAUUCAAACCAUCACUUUGCCAAUCAUAGCACAGUACUUCACCCUCAGCAGCUUGUUCCUAGUCCUGUCGUCCGUUUGGAUGCUAGGUUGGAUGGUACACAUAUGUAGACAAACAAAAAGUAUUAAUGUUACAAAUCAGUAUUAAAUUUGCUCAGAAGAUUGUUCCUAAUUUAGUUUUAUCUAAUUUUUUUUUUUUAUCUAUAUUGUUUAGUGAGAAAGGUGCAAUAUUAUAAAGAUUUUUAUUAUAUUUUGAGUAUGAAUCUAAAAUAGAUUUAAUAUUAUUGUAAUUUUAAAUAUAUUUAAAAAAGACACUUUUAAUUCCUAAACUAUGAAAUAGUUUUUUUGUGUGUGCAAAUGUAAUAUUUAGUUUUUUUUUUAUAAUUUCC